AUGGCGGCUGUCAAGGGUGGUGAUGAGGUAAAGGACCUCCUCAAGUCAGGUGCCUCAUAUGAAAAGAUGCAGAUGACCUCCUCCCCUAUCUUCGGCCCUGCGAUUGGUGGACUGAGUUCCAAGGAACACAGGCAGUCAAGCGAUUGUGCAAAGACCUUCGAGGAUGGCUUGAAGGCAUCAAGCAAACCGGAGGAGCUUGUUCUGGCCUUCUUUGUCCUCAAGCAGAUCAAGAAGGGCAGUUCCAGCGAAGAGACCGUCUACGUGUCCUCUCUAUGCUUUGUCAUUGCGGGUGAGGAGGUAUCGCACUUAACUGGGGUGAAGGACAAGAGCAAGUCAGAACCAUACACGCUUCUCCGCUACGCCGUUGGCGGUGCCAGCGCUUCGGUUUGCUUGGUUGCCGUGACAGCUGAGGAGAGCCGGAAGGACAGCGUGAAUGCCGCUCUUGAUGCGGUCAAGUCUAUGCGGCAGGUCAAGAACAGCGCCCCGCGCAGUGGAAACGUCAAGCACUUCGUGGACUUCACAAAGAAUGAGCUCCCGAAGCAGAAGGCGGCCGCGGAAAAGCUGAACGACAACCCCGAGAAGCAGAAGUCCGCUCAGAAGAUCGUCACCCGCAUGGAAGUGAUGCUGAAGGACGCACAGGAACUCCUGUCUAAGCCAAAGGAGACGAAGCCAAAGGCAUAUUGA